AUGCGUGAGAUUGUCCACCUUCAGACCGGUCAGUGUGGUAACCAGGUCGGUACCAAGUUCUGGGAAGUGCUCUCGGACGAACAUGGCAUCGACCACAACGGUAACUACAUUGGCACCAGCGACGACCAGCUCGCCCGCAUCAAUGUCUACUACAAUGAGGCCAGCGGAAACAAGUAUGUGCCGCGUGCCGUGCUCGUCGACUUGGAGCCCGGUACCAUGGACUCUACCCGUUCGGGUCCUCUUGGUGGACUUUUCCGCCCAGACAACUUUGUGUUUGGUCAGUCGGGUGCCGGUAACAACUGGGCCAAGGGUCACUACACCGAGGGUGCCGAGCUUGUCGACUCGGUGCUCGAUGUCAUCCGCAAGGAGGCCGAAAACUGUGACAUGCUUCAAGGUUUCCAGAUCACCCACUCGCUCGGUGGUGGUACGGGUGCCGGUAUGGGUACGCUGCUCAUCUCCAAGAUCCGCGAGGAGUACCCGGACCGAAUGAUGGCUACCUUCUCGGUUCUGCCUUCGCCCAAGGUGUCGGACACGGUUGUGGAACCUUACAACGCUACGCUCUCGGUGCACCAGCUGGUCGAGAACUCGGACGAGACCUUCUGUAUCGACAACGAGGCGCUGUACAACAUCUGCUUCAAGACGCUCAAGCUCAACGCCCCCACGUACGGUGACCUGAACCACCUGGUGUCGCUCGUCAUGUCUGGUGUGACGACUUGCCUGCGUUUCCCCGGUCAGCUCAACUCGGACUUGCGCAAGCUGGCUGUCAACAUGGUUCCCUUCCCUCGUCUGCACUUCUUCAUGGUUGGUUUCUCACCUCUGACCGCGCGUGGCUCGCAGUCGUACCGUGCUGUGACGAUCCCCGAGAUCACGCAGCAGGCGUUUGACAGCAAGAACAUGAUGACGGCUUGCGACACUCGUCUUGGGCGCUACCUCACGUGCGCCGCGUACUUCCGUGGUAAGGUUUCCAUGAAGGACGUCGAGGAUCAGAUGCAGAGCUUCCAGCAGAAGCACUCGACGCAGUUUGUCGAGUGGAUCCCCAACAAUGUGCAGACGGCACAGUGUGACAUUCCUCCUCGUGGCCUCAAGAUGUCGGUCACGUUUAUCGGCAACUCGACUGCGAUCCAGGAUGUGUUCAAGCGUAUCGCCGAGCAAUUCUCGGCCAUGUUUAAGCGCAAGGCGUUCUUGCACUGGUACACGGGUGAGGGUAUGGACGAGAUGGAGUUCACCGAGGCCGAGUCCAACUUGCAAGACUUGAUCGCCGAGUACCAACAGUACCAGGAUGCCUCUGCUCUGGACGAGGACAUUGAGGGCGAGUACAUUGAGGAGGAGGAGCUUGUUCAGGAGUAA